CAACCAGGGGCGGACUGACCAUUUGGAAACUCGGGCACUGCCCGAGGGCCCAGGGUUAGUAGGGGGCCCCAUGAGAUGCCCCUGGUACCUUUUUCAUAGCCUUUUGUGAGUUUGGGCAAGGACACAGGGGCCCCAUGAUUCCCUAUUGCCCGGAGGCCCCAUGAGUUGUCAGUCCUCCCCUGCCAGCAACUGUGGGGUCUUCACUGUCAAUUUAUGCAGCACUUUACAUAUAUAUAUUACAUAUUCACAUCAGUCCCUAACCCUCAAGAGGUGUACAAUCUAAGGUCCCUAACUUACAU